AGAACGUCUAAAAAACAAGCUGGUGGUGCUCUAAUAUUUUAUCUAUAAAAGCUUGUGUGAGAAAAUAACAUGACAGUACCAUCAAGCAAAGAAAGAGAAGAAAAGUAAUCACAGACAAUGAAUUCUUUAGGCAAAAAUAAUAAACCUCAUGUUGUGUGUAUCCCAUAUCCAGCACAAGGUCAUAUAAACCCUAUGCUUAAACUAGCAAAACUUCUUCAUUUCAAAGGUGGUUUUCAUGUCACCUUUGUUAACACUGAAUACAAUCACAAACGUCUUCUCAAAUCUAGAGGUCCUAAUUCUCUUAACGGACUCCCCUCUUUCAGAUUUGAAACCAUUCCUGAUGGUCUACCUGAGACCGAUGUAGAUGUCACACAGGAUGUUCCAUCUUUGUGUGACUCCACUAGGAAAACAUGCUUACCUCACCUCAAAAAACUUAUAUCUAGACUCAAUAAUGCUGUGGACAUCCCUCCUGUUACUUGCAUGGUUGCUGAUGGAGUAAUGAGUUUUGCUCUGGAAGCUGCUCAAGAAAUUAGUAUCCCUGCCGUGAUUUUUUGGACCACUAGUGCUUGUGGCUUCAUGGGUUACCUUCAAUAUCGUAUGUUAAUUGAAAAGGGCUUUACACCACUUAAAGAUUCAAGUUAUAUGACAAAUGGGUAUUUGGAUACUAUACUUGAUUGGGUGCCAGGUAUAAAAGAAAUACGACUAAAGGACAUUCCAAGUUUCAUAAGAACUACAAACCCAAAUGAUGUUAUGCUUGACUUUGUAUUAGGGGAAUGCCAAAGAGCUCUAAAAGCUUCCGCAAUCAUUUUAAACACCUUUGAUGCCCUAGAACAUGACGUUUUACAAGCAUUCUCUUCCAUUAGUAAUUUACCUCCGGUCUAUUCCAUUGGUCCAUUAAAUUUUCUUUUAAAAGAAGUCACAGAUAAUGAAUUGAAUUCAAUUGGUUCCAAUCUUUGGAAAGAAGAACGAGAGUGUUUAGAAUGGCUAGAAAACAAAGAACCCAAUACUGUUGUUUACGUCAAUUUUGGAAGUGUCACUGUAAUGACCAAUGACGAAUUAGUAGAAUUUGCUUGGGGACUCGCUAAUACCAAGAAAACAUUUUUGUGGGUUAUAAGACCAGAUCUUGUGACUGGUGAAAAUGCUGUUUUACCACGAGAGUUUUUGGAAGAGACGAAACAUAGAGGAUUCAUGUCAAGUUGGUGUCCACAAGAAGAAGUUUUGAGCCAUUCAUCAAUUGGAGGGUUUUUGACACAUAGUGGUUGGAAUUCAACUUUGGAAAGUGUGUGUGGUAGUGUUCCAAUGAUAUGUUGGCCUUUCUUCGCCGAACAACAAACUAAUUGUAGAUUUUGUUGCCAUGAAUGGGGGAUCGGUUUGGAGAUUGAAGAUGCUAAGAGGGAUAAGAUUGAGGAACUUGUGAGAGAAUUGAUGGAUGGAGAAAAGGGUAAAGAGAUGAAAGAGAAAGCAUUGAGGUUGAAAGAAUUGGCGAUAGAUGCUGCUUCUGGACUCUAUGGUUCGUCAUUUGUGAAUUUGGAAAACGUGUUUAGUUUAUUUUCAUAAAAUUCCAAAACGUUAAAUCGCUUUCUUGUUGUUGUCGUCUUUGAAUUUGGGCUCUACAAUGUUAUUAUUUGUAUUGUUUUGCUUUGCUGUUUCACUUUAAUAAUGCAAGCGGUCUUUAUAGUUA